GCCCGUACCGGGUGUCGGAUGGUGCACCACAAGCAAGUAUCCUGUCUAAAGAUUUAUAUGACUUUAUAACGUCAGUUAUAUGAUAGACAUACCCUACACUUUAUUAUUGAUGAAGGUUAUGAGCGUUUUACAUGGAAAACCGGACGGACAUGUACAGUAUUUGUGAUGCCGUGAAGAUAACCAGACAGACGACGUUUGUCCAGCCGUUACCGUAGUUACCUUUAACUCCAGCUAAGCUCACAUUACUUCAUAUUUCUUUUUUAUUUCUUCGACGUUAACUGUAAAAUAAUGCGGGAGGCUUUUUUGAGACACGUCCGUCGGUUCCCGUGGGUCACCAACGUCACCCUGUACGGCUGCCUGUUCGCCGGUGGAGACUUCGUCCACCAGUGGUUUUCCCACCGGGAGAAAAUGGACUGGAGCCACACGCGGAACGUCGCAGUGAUCGCGUUCAGUUUCCAUGGCAACUUCAAUUUCUUCUGGAUGCGGUUCCUGGAGCGGAGGUUUCCCGGGAAUUCCCUUGGGAUGGUGAUGAGGAAGCUGGUCCUGGACCAAACCACGGCGGCGCCCUUGGCUACCAGCGUCUUCUACACAGGCGUCAGCUUCUUGGAGGGCAAAGAGGACAUCACGCAAGACUGGAGAGAAAAAUUCCUGAAUACAUACAAGACGGGACUAAUGUUCUGGCCAUUCAUGCAGUUUCUGAACUUCGCCUUGGUGCCUCUGUACGUGCGGACCACCUUCACCGGCUGCUGUGCCUUCGUCUGGGCCACGUUCCUGUGCUUCUCCCGUCAGAGUGGUGACGGCACGGCCAGUGCUGCCCUUGCUUGGUUGUUCCCCCCCAAAGAGGAUUUAGCAGAACCCACACAGGAGAACGUAGACUCCAAAGAUAAAGCAGAUCCUCCCAAAGAGGAAACAGUAGUAUCUAAACCGAAACAGAACUGAAACAUGCAGAACCAGGCGGCGUAAUGGAUGGAGACACACAGGAACAACCUCAUGGCACUUGUGCGUAGCUCAAUGGUUGAUGUUGCAGUAACAUUGCCAGGGUCAAAGGUCAAAGUCUCACUGGGGUCAGACUUAAAAAUGUGCAUCCCCAUGAUACGUUAAAGUGCUUUGGGAAGUGCAAAUGGAAUGUAUACACAGUAUAUUUUUCAACAUUCUUACAACAUAUCAGCUCUGUAGAAAAAUGUAAUUCAGUCCUACCCUUCCAUCCCACAGUGAAUUAUCUCAAUGACUUAUCCUCAUUGGGGUUUGUUUGUUGUUUUCAUAAAUGCAGUAUUGUGUUAUAACAUUUACAACAUAAGCCUGUCCAUUAUUCUAUUGGUCCAUGCUUAGUAAUA